UCAGAACUCUCUCCCCUCUUCUUGUACUCUUUUCAGCUCCCCAUUUUCUCCCCAAAUUUAUAUCUAAUCAUUUUAUUGCAUUCACAUUCACUUGCACAGAGAGAGCUAUGAAGAAAAUUGUGUUGAAAGUGGAGUUACAUGAUGACAGAGCCAAACAAAAAGCUCUCAAGGCUGUUUCAUCUAUCCCAGGGAUAGAUUCGAUCGCCGCGGACAUGAAAGAGCAAAAGCUGACUGUCACAGGCUCAGUAGAUCCAGUGACUAUAGUGAGCAAACUAAGAAAACUAUGGCACACGGAGCUUUUCUCCGUCGGGCCGAAGGAAGCGCCGAAGAAGGAUGAAACCAAGAAAGAGGAGCCCAAGGGGGAGGAAGGAGAGAAGAAGGAGGAACCAGAUAAGAAGCUUGAUCCGCAGGAACAAUUCUACCAAGAGCUUGUGAAGGCAGCUUAUAGGAACUACGAUCCUCAUAUGACCGCCAACUAUUACGUGCAGAGCGCAGAGGAGAAUCCAAAUGGUUGCGUUGUUGCAUGAUGAGAGGAACAAAGAUUCAGGAGUCGAGAGCUUUGUGGUAGUUAUUUGAUGGCUUGGGAGUGUUUUCUGUCGCAGUAAAUAUUGUUAUUGGCGGUAAUGAGUGUAAAUAAAUAGUUACUGUCUAUGGUUAGGGUUAGUACAGUUUAAUUUUGAGUCCAUGUGAUAAGUUUUUAUGUGUUACGUGGACGAUUAUGUCAAUUUUUUAAUGUUUUGGUAGGUUAUGAAUAUAGGUCUUGUAUAUAUG